AUGAUGUUUACUGAACCAAAACCAGUAGAACCAUCUACACCUUCUAUAUUUGGUAGAGUCUCUGAUGAUUCCAUCACAACUCCCUUUACCCCAUCUACCUUGUCCAUUUCAACUCUCGAUUUGUCUAAAACUCUCUCCACUGUGGAAGUCACUUCCAAAGUUAUUCCCAGCGUUUACUCUUCUACGACAACUUUAUAUCCAAAUAUCCCCACAAAUACAUUGUUCACCCAACCAGAACAAGCGGAACCACUUACACCUCUAUCAGUCAGUUCCUCUGAUCUUCUUAUCACAACUUCCUCCACUUCACCUCUCGAUUCGUCCCAAAGUCCUUCCACACUCGGACCCACUUCUACGAAAACUUUGGAAUUAACUAUCCCCAUCACGACAACGAGCACUCAAUCAGACCCAGUUGAGACACUUACAUCUUCUGUAUCGGUUGGCGUCUACGAUAGCCCCGGUACAACACCGUCCAUCCUCUCUCCUCUCUAUGUGUCAUCUUCCGAAUCUUCCACCACUCUUUCUUCCGAAUCAAUUAUAACUUUGGAGCUAGAUUUCUCGACAAUGUCAUCUUCGCUUGUGACAUUGCCAUCUGGCCCCAUUGUUUCGCAUCCAGUCACAGCACAAAGUACCAUCCGUCUGAUUCCAGCCAGUACUCCCACCACAGCCCCUCACACUUCUCCAGUCGAUGUACCUAGUUCUGAGGCUAUCACAGGUUUAGGAUUCACUGAUCUUACGGCGGCGGAGGAGGAGAGAAUUGAGGCUACAACGAAAUACGAGCCUGUUGCGAUAACGACGUCUACACAACCCGUUCCCAAAACACCACUCGUCGAAGCAACAACCCCAAUACUGGAACUACCUUCUUCUGAACUAAAAGGGACCAGCGAACCCACCGCUACAGCAACAACUCCUUCCAGCCAAAUCGACUCCUCAUCCUCGAUUGCACCCUUCAAGAGCUCCUCCGUUGACCUGUCGGCCACCCUGCCCGGGACAGCUCACACAACCCUCAAACCGUUCACACAAUCGCCCACUCCAACCUCGACUGGCGGUCUCUUGUGGCCGCAUUCCGUAGCAUCCAGCACCGACUCCUCUCCGCCAUCACCCAGCCCUAGAGGGGAACCUUCCGCACCGGUGUCCACCAAGCCCACAAUGCCUCCGGACGGUACCGAAUGAGCCUCUUCUCCAGCGACGCCCAGUCCGAGUCCUGCCAGCGGCAGAGUCGACUUUGACCUGCCCAAACUGUCGCCGUUUACGCUGGCGCCUCCACGCAUCUGGUCGCCGACGGAGCCCGACGACAAAGCGUCGCCGUUCGUGACCGAAUCGGGCGCGAGGCGAGACAAGCCGGGCCCACGUGUUCCCGCUCUGCCGCACAAGACGUCCACGGACCGGCUGGUCCCGGGCUCGCUGGUCCCUCGUGGGCCAUUCGAGCGCCAGUCGACGUCCGUCGACCACGAGGCCGAGGGACUGUUGCUGUCGGCCAACUUCUCCUUCAACCUCGGCCUCACCAUCGGCCUCAUCCUCCUCUCCAUCCUCAUCCUCCUCAUCGUGCUCGGUUUCAUUUUGCUCGCCGCCUGGUCGCACAGCCAGCGACGCAACGGCUACCACCAACGCGGCGGUGUCGUCUUCCCGCCUCUGGCCAGAGUCCCCGGCGUCUCGGCCGCCCCGACCGACUCGGCAGCCCCCGGACGCCAGGUCCGUCGCAGGCCGGCCGGUGGAGCGGCCGAUUUGGAGGCGGCCAGACAGGACCGUCCGAGGCCGAUGAGCCCCGGUAGAAUUGGUGUCUUCAGCACGACCACGGCGCCAACUGGCCGCUUGGCACCGCUGCUACAUCGUCGUCGACUUCCCGGACAAACGCAGACGUCGACGUUGACGUCGACGUCGGCUCCGACGCCCAAGCUGACGCAGACGCAGGCGAUGCGUCAUGCUCGCCGUCACGAUUCCGAGUCCCAGUUGCCCCGGGCAACCAGGAUUCACAACCUCAGCGAGGACGAGUACGACUCGACGGACGCUUUGGUGGCCGACGUCUCGACGGGUCGUGGUGCCAGGCGUCCGGUUCUCGGGCCUUCUGGACUUCCUGGAAGCGGGUUGCCUGCCCAAAAGUGGCAGCGCAACCAAGCCAGGCUGGCCGAACUCUCGGCCGGUUGGCGGCACGACGACCAACCCGAGGCAUCGGAGACGGCGACUGCAACGGCGACGGCAACGGCGACGGCGACGGCGGGAGUGGAGAGGCGCAAAAUCGGGCCGUAUCGGAAAGUUUCGCCGAGCAGUUGUGUCCAAUCGGCAUCGGCCGUUGGCCAACUCAGCCUCGACGUGGAGUCAAAGCGACAGUCGCGAUGUUCCCGAACCGGACGACCGAGCGAAUGGAAAUUCAUCGACGAAUAG